UCCAUAUUUAUUGCUGCUGCCAGUUUUAUUACCCAUUAUAAUUUUAACUACUUACUUAGCUAUUUACUUGGAGAAAAGAUAGAAUUUAUAUAUUUUAUAACAUAAAAAAACACAAAAAACAUCCUUGUAUCUUUAAAAUAAUUUGUAGUAGGUUACAGAUAAAAAAAGAAGAAUUACUUACUGUAAUGCCAUUUUGAAAUAUCUCUGUCUGAAGUUAAUGACUAACAGCUGCUGGUAAUGCCUGAGACCAAAAGGCCAAGGUUUGAGUAUUUAUGUGACAACACAGACAAGCAGGAAAAUAGAGAAGCCUCUUCAGAUCUUCCUGAUGGAUAAAUACACUACUACUGGAGUGGUAUUCUUACUCCUCCUCUUAUGUGUGCGCAGUAUAUUAGGUCAGUCAUGUGAGGGGAAAUGUGGAGCGUCUGCAGGCUUGUGCUCCUGUCAGCCCACAUGUGAGUCCCUGAAGAACUGCUGCACUGACUACAGGGACUACUGUGUGCAGAUUCAACCUUAUUCUGGGAGCAUUUUUGGUGGCAUUGAUUUUGUUGUUCUUCACACGACGUUCAACAAGACUGACCACAUCAUUUGCAGGUUUAACAACAACACUGACACUGUGGGACAUGUUGAUGAACUCAGCCGAGGGCACUGCAUAUCACCCUUUCUGUAUGAAACAGGGUGGAUCCCCUUUCAAAUCUCUACCAACAAUGGCACAAACUUCACCAGAUCUGGCAAAUGGCUAUCAGUUCACACAGGAAAGCUGAACUCAAAAUUCAAGGCUGUUCUGGUCAAUUCUACUAAAUGGCAGUAUUAUGGCACGCCUUAUGUCUCUGGAAGUCUUCAGAUGACGUGGAACACUUCCAUGGUCAAAGCUGACAGAGUCAACAUAGAACUGUGGGGUUACACGGAGACAGGGACAGCCUACACAAAUGAUUGGGAGGCUGAGUGGAAGUAUCUCUACACACUCUCAAAGGGUCAUUCCAACAGUGGCUCCUUCAGCUUUGUACCCCAACCUGCGCCACAAAUCUUUUCCAACUGGGAGGUCGGGAUGCUGCGUAUCAGUUCUAGUGUGUACCCAGAUGGCAUAUGGAAUGUAGAAGCUCUGUGGACUGAAGACCAUGCUCUAGCCUGGCACCUGGACGAGAAAUUCAGGGCAAACUCUGCAGCCUGGGCCGAGGAGAAGUGUCUGGCCUGGGAUAAGUAUGAAACCCAGCUUCCAAACUUCCUCCAGGAGAUUAUCGACUGUCCAUGCACUCUGGCUCAGGCCAGAGCAGACACUGGCCGCUUUCAUACCGAUUAUGGCUGUGAUAUAGAGAAAGGGAGUGUGUGCACUUAUCACCCUGGGAGUGUCCACUGUGUCAGAGCCAUACAAGCCAGUCCUAUGUAUGCAGCUGGACAGCAGUGUUGCUAUGACAGCCGUGGUGAUCAAGUGCUGACAGGAGACUCCAUAGGGGGCAGCACACCAGACAGAGCCCACGACUGGGGCUCACCUCCUUUCAAGAGACCCCCUCGCAUCCCAGGACAAUCUCACUGGCUCUAUGAUGUCCUGAGCUUCUACUACUGUUGCCUUUGGUCAGACAACUGCAGUUACUACUUCAAGCACCGUCCAUCCAGUGGCUGUGGGAGAUACAAGACUCCAAGAUCAGCGGUAGUGUUUGGAGAUCCACACUUCAUUACAUUUGAUGGUGUCAGCUACUCUUUCAAUGGAAAAGGAGAAUACACUUUAGUCUCUGCACCUGCCAAAAAUCUGUCUAUUCAAGGCAGAACAGAACCUGUGACCGAUAAAAUUAAAGCAACAAAGAUGACAGCUGUGGCCAUGAGCGAGAUGUCUUCUGAUGUCAUCGAGGUGCGAAUGGUCAGUGAACCAAGUCGCCUGGAGGUCCUGCAAAAUCAGGAGAAGCUCUCAUUCACUGAACAGACCUGGAUGGACUUGCACGGUGUGUUUGUGUUCUCUCCUGUCUCCACCAAUGUGACGGUGAUGUUCCCGAGUGGGGCGGGGGUGGAGGUGCGCCUCAGAGGAGACAAUAUGGCGACCACCGUGCUUCUGCCAGAGGACUUUUAUCACAAAACCCAGGGGCUGAUGGGAAAUCUGAACAACAAUGCCCAAGAUGACCUCACCCUCAGCAAUGGUCAGGUCGUACAAAAUAUCAGCAACCCAGAGGAGGUUUUCAGCUUUGGAGCAAGCUGGGCCAUUUCACAAAGUUCGUCUUUGUUUACAUAUGACACUGCAUAUCUUGAGAACGAAUACAAAAAUGCCCCUAAACAUGACAUAAGUUUUUUCCCUGAUUUUUAUGUUACUGAAAAUUCAAGCGAUCCACUGCUCAAUCAGGCAGUUCAGAUCUGCUCAGGCGAGGGUUCCUGGUUCUGCAGGUAUGAUAUCCUUGUAGGUCGCAAUCUAAUGCUUGGAAACUCCACCAAAAUGCUAUUUCAGAGUCAUAUUACCCUAGUGGAUGACCUAAAGCCAGUGGUGACCUGUGGCUUUCUUUCUCCACCAACUAAUGGAAGGAAAAAUGGCACUACGUAUUUACAGGGCUCCAAAGUGCUUUUCUUCUGUGAGAAGGGCUAUACUCUGACAGGGUCGUCCGAGAGAGUGUGUCAACCAGAUGGACAGUGGUCUGGAAAGGACACAGUCUGCAAACUAAUUAAUAUUGCUGGAAUUGUUGCUGGCACUGUGAUUGGAGGAAUAGCUCUCAUUGUGAUCAUAACAACCAUCAUACUCCUCUCCAGAAAAAACAAAAGGAAAGCAUCGGCGCAGGCCAACCAAGUGGUGACGAGUGCAAAUUUCUGAAAAAGCUGUAAAGAUCACUCCAAUCAUUAACUAUUGUUACUUUAUGGAAGUUCAUGGAAGUUUAAGAUAGUUGUGGUCCAACCAGGUUAAACCACUGUAAUGAACACAACACUCCAUUAGUCACAGGAAUGAACAAAGGUCUUUGUGGUUAAAGAGUAAUACCACACUAUGGAUGUUGACAUGUUUUAAUAAAUGUUGUAUAAUAAACCUGGUCACAUGUAUAGAUCUUUGCACUGGAUAGUUUUCACAGGAUUGUUGUGUAAAUAAUACUUUGUGCUUAUAUAUAUAUUUUUUUAAAACAAUACACAUAAUGUACAUGUACAAUAUACAUACAUAUUUCAUAAAUGGAAAUGUUUAUGCCAUUUAAAUAACAUCAACAUAAACUUAAAUCAGUCAUACAUAAAAUAAUAUUGUUCCUGGCACAGAUAUUUUACCCAUAUCUUGCCCUGAUAAAGACUCCAUCUUCUGAAUCACUGAGCCAAAUUGGACAAAAUCCCACAAUAUUGAGAAUCCGUUAAAACAACUAUUUGUACUGACCCCUUGUGGCUAAUAUAGUAUAGUAUUUUGUCACAACAGUACUGAAUGCAUAUCAAAAUUAAACAUAUGAUAAAAUGAUAUAACCUAUAUUUUAUAUUCAGUACUGUGCAAAAGUUAUAGGCAGGUUUGAAAAAAAAAAAAAUUAGGACUGCCUUCAAAAAUGAGUGUUAAUCAUUUAUUUUCAUCAAUCAACAAAAUGCAGUGAAUGAACAAAAGAGAAAUCCCCUCACAUCCUUCUGUCACCCUCCUCACAUCUUCUUCUUGCAAUCCCAGGCACUCUCGGUGAUGUUAAGGUCAGGGCUCUGUGGGGGCCAUACCGUCCAGAACUUCUUGUUUUUCUUUAUGCUGAAGAUAGUUCUUAAGAUAGUUCUUUGGCUUUAUGUUUGGGGUCGUUGUCCUGCUGCAGAAUAAAUUUGGGGCCAAUCAUUCUGCUCCCUGAUGGUAUUGCAUGAUGUAUAAGUAUUUGCCUGUAUUUCUCAGCAUUAAGAACAUCAUUAAUCCUCACCAAAUCUCCAAAUCCAUUUGCAAAAAUGCAGCCCCAAAUGUUCAAGAAACCUCCACCAUGCUUCACUGUUGUCUGCAGACACUCAUCAUUGUAACACUCUCCAGCCCUUCGAUAAACAAACUCCCUUCUGCCACAGCCAAAUAUUUGACAUUUUGACUCAUCAGUCCAGGGCACCUGCUGCCAUUUUUCUGGAACCCAGUUCCUAUGUUUUUGUGCAUACUUGAGUCGCUUGGCCUUUUUUCCAUGUCGGAGGUAUGGCUUUUUGGCUGCAACACUGCCAUGAAGAUCA